UGCGCCAAGGCCGACGCGUCUGGGGAGCUCCGAGCUCAACUUUCCACUUCCGAACCUUACACUCGCUCCACAACCACGCUCGAUAACUUCUGAACGCUCCGGAUACGGUCGCUUAACGUAUUUCCAUUUGGAACUGGGAUAGAGAGUACGCCAUCAUGCCGGCGCUUCGAAGUACCAUUGACCGCCUCGACAAGCCGAGUUCAUAUGCGACAGCAAAGAAGCGCAGACGCGAUCGCAACACACGUGACGAAGAACGUGGCCGCUCACCGUCCCCCGAGGACAAGCUCAAGGACGCAACUACCCUCUACGUUGGCAACCUAUCCUUUUACACUACCGAAGAACAAAUCCACGAGCUAUUCAGCAAAUGCGGAGAGAUCAAACGAUUGGUUAUGGGUCUCGACCGAUUUCAGAAGACGCCAUGCGGUUUCUGCUUCGUCGAGUACUACACACAUCAGGAUGCGCUAGAUUGUAUGAAGUACAUUGGCGGCACUAAGCUUGAUGAACGUGUCAUCAGGACCGACUUGGACGAGGGUUUCGCCGAGGGCAGGCAAUACGGACGUGGAAAGAGCGGUGGUCAGGUGCGCGACGAGUACAGGGCCGAGUAUGACCCUGGUCGGGGUGGUUACGGCAGAGCUGUGGACGAAUAUCACGAAGCGCAGUAGGUUCGCCAUCGAGAUCCAACAGCCCGAGUUCUACUCGCCCAUAUUUGAGACGGAGGGAGGAUGGGCAGCAUUACCUGGUAGUUGAGGAAGCAGUCGAUCAGCCCAGUCUUCAUCAGAUCUCAAAAUACUGCACAGGAGGCGUCUGGCGUCUAUUAUUCGGCAUUGCU